GUGACGUGGGACGCUGGCUCUGUCACGUGACUGUGUGUUUCUCUGCUAACAACAUGGCUGCGGAGGAUCUGCCGUCUGAUUUUGACGUCGUCAUUCUGGGCACAGGUCUUGCUGAGUCGGUGGUAGCAGCAGCUUGUUCCAGAGUUGGACAGAGAGUUCUUCACCUCGACAGGAGGAGUUACUAUGCAGGGAACUGGGCCAGCUUCACCUUUAACGGCCUGCUCACCUGGAUACAACAACACCAUGAGGAGCCUCACCCGGAGGAGGAGGUCCAGGAUUGGUCGAGCUUGUUGGAGGAAGGGGAGGAGCUGAUCUGUCUGUCGAAGUCAGACUCCGCCUCCGUCAGUAACCUGCAGGUGUUCUGUUUCGCCAGUGAGGAAGAUGAGGAGGAGGAGGCUCCAAACACCACAGAAGAAGAAAAGGGAGGAGGAGCCGAUGAAGAGGAACAUGUGAAAGAAACAGCAGAGGGAGAAACUGCAGAUUCAAAAGAAGAAGAAACAAAAGAGAAGCGACAGGAAACAGCAGACAGACAGGAAGCAGAAGAAGAAGAAGAAGAGGCAGCCCAGGUGGAGGGGGAGGAGCCUGAUGCAGGUGAGUCACGCCCCUCUGCUGCUCCCAGCCAAUCAGGGCCAACCAGGAAGAAGAUCAGCUACGCUCAGCUGGUGAAGGAAGGACGCAGGUUUAACAUCGACCUGGUUUCCAAGCUGAUGUAUUCUCGCGGCUCAUUGGUCGAUCUGCUCAUCAAAUCAAAUGUCAGUCGCUAUGCAGAGUUCAAGAACGUCACCAGGAUACUCACUUAUCGCCACGGAAACGUGGAACAGGUGCCCUGCAGCAGAGCCGAUGUGUUCGCCAGUCGUCAGCUGACUGUGGUAGAAAAGAGGAAGUUGAUGCGUUUCUUGACGUCUUGUGCGGAGGAGACAGAGGAGCAGCUGGCCUACAACGGUCGGCCAUAUUUGGAGUUCCUGCAUGACCAGCAGCUUGGUGACAACCUCCAGCACUUCCUGCUCCACUCCAUCGCCAUGGCAACAGAAGACACACCCACAGAGGUGGGCCUCGCCUCCACGCGUCACUUCCUGCGCUGCCUGGGUCGCUAUGGCAACACGCCCUUCCUGUUUCCUGUCUACGGCCUUGGAGAGAUACCCCAAUGUUUCUGUAGGAUGUGUGCUGUGUUUGGAGGAAUCUACUGUCUGAGACACUCAGUCCACUGUCUGCUGGUCGACACGGAAACCAACAGGUGUAAGGCGGUGAUUGACAGCCGCGGACAGCGAAUCAGCUGCAGCCAUUUUGUGGUUGAGGAUAGCUACGUGCUGGCGGAGCGGAAGAGGGUGGCCACACCCACCAGGUGUAUCUCCAGAGCUGUUGUGAUAACUGACGGCUCCGUUCUGCCCGGCAACUCCGACCAACAGGUUUCCAUGGUAACGGUCCCUCCAAUAGAAGCAGGGUCUCCGGCGGUGAAGAUGGUGGAGCUGUGUCCGUCCACGAUGACCUGCAUGCCGGGAACAUAUUUGGUCCACCUCACCUGUCAGUCUGUUGGCUCCGCCUACGAGGACCUGUCGCCGGUGGUUACCAGGAUGUUCCGCACGCCAGAGUCACAUGACCAAGACGAGCGUCCGUCUGUCCUCUGGUGUCUCUACUUCAACAUGGCCGACGGUUCCAGUGUGGAGGUCGAAGGUCACGACCUGCCGUCUAACGUGUACGUUUGCUCCGGACCGGACGGCGGUUUGGGACACGAACACGCCGUCAGACAGGCUGAGUUCAUCUUCCAGAAGAUUCUCCCCGAGGAGGAAUUCUGUCCUCCGGCUCCGAACCCUGAAGACAUCAUCUACGACGGAGAAAACACCUCCUCCUCCGCCGGGGAGGAGAUGAAGGAGGAGGAGGAGGAGGAGGAGGAGGAGAAACAGGAGAUGAAGGAGGAGGAGGAGAAACAGGAGAUGAAGGAGGAGGAGGAGGUGUUGGAGCAGCAGAGUCUUCAGACUGAGGAGUAACAUGCAAAUAAAGUGUCUAAAUACAAACGCCAAACCUCCUGCAGUGCAUUGUGGGUAACAGUUGCCUUCAGUUAUUGUUUUAAAUCUUUAUUAUUUUUCUAUGAUUUGUGUUUUUUUUC